AUGCCUAGUAUCUCUGGCUGGCUUGUCACAUUCUUCCGGACUCGAGCUCACCCAGGUGCACCGGCCGUGGUCUGCGGGAAGCGGCAGCAGUUCGGAAGCCGGUUUCUGAGCGACCCGGCGCGCGUGUUCCACCACAAUGCCUGGGACAAUGUGGAGUGGUCGGAGGAGCAGGCCGCGGCGGCGGAGAGGAAAGUCCAGGAGAACACUACCCAGCGGGUGUGCCAGGAGAAGCAAGCUGAUUAUGAGAUCGAUGCCAACAAAUAUUGGAACCACUUCUACAAAAUCCACGAAAAUGUAUUUUUCAAGGAUAGACAUUGGCUUUUUACUGAAUUCCCAGAGCUGGCACCGAGCCAAAACCAACAUCACGUGAAGGAUUUGCUCUCAGAGAACAAGAGGAGUGAAGCACCUCAAUGUAGAAGCAGUGAGAAUGGAUCUGGUUUAAUAAUAGAAGAACAGCACAGUUGUUCUUCAGUCAGCCUUGGACAUAAGACGCAGCCACCUCCUGUGGAAGAGAACGCCACUCAGAAACUCCAUCACCUGGAAAUCUGUGCUGAGGAGUUUCCUGGAUCCUCAGCCACAUACCGAAUACUCGAGGUGACCUCCCUUUAUAAAGUCCUGGUAGUGGGAUUAGUGAAGCUGUCUUAUUAUGCACAUAGGAUGGCAGUAGAGACGCUGAGCACCAAAGUAACUUCUGACUGA